AUGGUGAUAGCGUCAUUGCUAUCGGUUCUAAAUGAGACUUCGAGGGUUAAAAUAAACUCGAAGCUUAGACUUAAUUACCUUGAUAGAUUGACGAGCCAGAUAUACGCAGGUUAUUUCGAUAAGAAGGACAAGGGAGAUACAUUCGACCCAGAAUCCCAUUUCAAUAAGAAGAUUGAUGCUAUUUAUAAAGAGAAAAAGAGUUUAGAGGAUGAUGAGAGCAAACUAUGGACAAUGGACACCACAAUCAAGGGUGUUUCUCUCAAUAUUCCAAGAUAUUACUAUGAUAUGUCGGAAAAACCGCCAAUUCUGCCGUUUGACAUCAGAUUCACUUUAGGGAUGUAUUUUCAUCACAUAAAGACUCAAACUAAGAAGAAUCCAAAAAAGAUUGUUAUGGCUCCGUUCCAUUGGUACGAUUGGGUGGAUUUAUCGCCCUUGAAUCAGUACUUAUUAGCACCGGCCAAUGAGAAACCAUCGUGUGCGUUAUUGGAUGCUAGAAUGGACGAGAUUAAGGUUAAUCUGGAAAUAGAGCAGAAACAGAAAGAAAAAGAUUCCAAGUUGAAAGAAUUUGAACAAAACCAAAUUAAUAAGGAGGAAGACAAAAAGAAAGUUGAAGAAUCCCAGAAAAAAUUAGAGGAGACUAAGAUUGAAGACCACAUUGUAAAACAAGACGAGAAGGCGGAUAAUAAAGAAGAUAAGAAGGAGAACAAACAAGACACGAAGGAGGAUAAGAAGGAGGAUAAGAAGGAAGAUAAGAAGGAGGAUAAGAAGGAAGAUAAGAAGGAGGACAAGAAGGAGGACAAGAAGGAGGACAAGAAGGAGGACAAGAAGGAGGAUAAGAAGGAGGAUAAGAAGGAGGACAAGAAAGAGGACAAGAAAGAAGAAAAAGAACAGAAUAAAGACGAGACCAAAAAAGAAAAAAGACUCGAGAAGAGAGGAGAAUCUGUGGACCCUAAAGAAUAUUGUGUCGAUGACUUUCAUUUACCUAGUGAUUUUCAAGAUGGUAACACCAUAAGACCUGGAUUCAAUGUCUUCAAGAGUGAUUUGAGGACAACUCCUGACAAAGCUAUUCUUCUUGGUAAAUCGUACUUAUACACCUUUGCUCCACCUCCUUCGAUGAUUGUCUUCCUUACAAAAGAUGGAUCUUAUAACAUUACCGUCAAGGGAAGGGAAAAGCUAUUGGAUUCUGAUUUGGUCGGGAAUUAUAUAACCCAGACGAAACAAAAAUCGAUUAAUUCAUUAAAUGAGUUCAAGAAAUUGAAAAAGAAAGUAAAAGCUAAUUCACAUCAAAGUAUAAAUGAUUAUGAAAUUAAUCUUUCUGAAGAUUCCUUUAUUUUGAAACAUGAAGAACUUAUUGACAAAUAUGAAUCCAAGUUGAAAAAUGGUGGGUUGGCCGUUAGUGAAUAUCGUUAUUUGCAAUCCCUCAAAUAUUCGGAUAAUGAAGUGAAAAUGGUAAUCCACCAAAGUAUUUUGCAGAAGCGAGGUUAA